AUGUCUUCACCCCUCUCUUCCAAUCUCUUCGGUUCUCCAUUCUCCGCAGAAAUGGAUUCACCUGACCACCACCUCAGGAACCUUGCUGUCUGGUGCAACUGGUCUAGCGAGCCAGUCGACACUGUCGUCGUCGCUUUCAACGUCGAGGUCUGGUGCGCCCCGAACUCUGAGAUCCCGGUGCUGGACACCUCGCAAGGUGUCACCAGCGUCGACUUUGCUGACAUCACUCCUUAUGUCAAUCUUGAGGACUUGGAGUGGUUCUACGUCCUGCGUCAGGACUGGGAAGGGAUGAGCGAUCUCGGUUCGGUGCCGGAAGUCGGCUCGGGUCUGGCUGCGGAACAGCAGGCCCAGGGACCUGUGACGCCUGAGAAGCAGUCAGGACCCCUCACCUUCGAACAAGAUACCUCUCACGCAACCCUUUAUCCUGGCCACUCAACGGGGCAAACCGGUCCCCUCACCCCCUCGGACACGGGAAGUGUGCUCCGAAAUGGACACACUCCCGAUGGAUCCUCCCCUGGCUCAAGGACCCUCGAGCUGUUCAAGGCUAGUUUCUUACGAACCGCAACCGUUGCCUCCCUGCCUGAUUCAGUCACUGACGAUGAGAGACCAUACGGGGGUGAGAAGCUCGGUGAAAAAGCUCGAGCUCAGUUGAAGCAGCGCAAAGAGUCUGCAGUGUCCUCAACUUCGAUUCCCUCGUCUUUUACUUCGAUUCCUCAGACUUCCUCUACCUCAAAGCAUAAACGCGAACGAAGCUUGAUUCCUCGACCUGUCAGUGUGAUGAGCCAAGCUCGCCCUGACCCUACCAAGAUUCCCCUGCCGACAGACUCGGUGCCUGUUUUGGAUGUGGAGCUUCGCCGGUUCGAGAACAGCGUAUCGCCCGGGGAGAAAAAUAGUCCAGUCGAUCAUGUUCAAGUCGAACACGUCAGUCUUGCAGAGGCGGUUUCCGGGGAUACCAUGACCCCUCUGGUCAGUCCUUCGAUCAGAACCAGUCCGAAUGUCAGCAACUGCUACGCUAGCAAGGCCUUGCAAACUGGACCAGACGUGGAGAAACUUUCCACUGUGGCAUCCGCCGGUAGCCCGUGCGACAUGGACCUGAUGUCGGAGUCAGUUGAUGCAUCCUUUGGGGGAAUUCCGACCCAGGGGACUUUCUUUGUGCAACCCCCAACUCCCCCACACACCAUUGUCAGACCUCGCCUCGUCCAUACCAAUCAGUUGUUCCAAGUCCAAUGCCCAUCCGACAUCAAGCCAGCCUGGUACAAGGUUGUCGUGGACUUUGAGAUCCGCCUCCAAACCCGUGGACCGCGCGGCUGGUACGAACUGGUCGUACCUGGAUUACCUCAUCUAAACAAGUUUGACCAUGGCCUCUUCUCCCUCCCCAUGCCCGAAAACCUGGGAUUGGAGCUUCGUACCAUGCACUUCAUUUCACACGAGAUGUUCAAGAACCGUCUUGUCGCACAGUUCCGGCCCUGCAACUCGGAACUGGUCAUUCCUCUCCGUCCUUUCGAUUUCCACUUCUCCGGCUUCCUGCGCGAUUUCAUAAUCAACCAGACUAUCCGCAGCAAGGUGACGGCAGAUAAACAUGACUCCAGCUCGUGCAUUGUCGAAUACACCGCUAUCUGCUCUUUGGAUCUCAUUCAACGGACCUUUUGGGCUGAACAGUGCGGAUUCUACGUUUACAUUCAUAAUGGACCCGCUGGUGAUUACACCGGCCACCUCGAGGACCCACAGCCAGAAACCAAAUUCAAAACCAUCCAGCUUACCUCGAAUCCCGGGUCCGAGGUUGGAAUGGCGCGGCUACUGGUUCUCUGCACCCCAUCGGACCUGGACAUGUUUGUCAUUAAAUGGGAAAUGCGGUUGCCUCUCGCAGAAGCUGGCAACUGGAUGCCACGCAUCACUGCUCUUCCGGAGGGAUAUGAAGCCGAAGAGGCGUUGCAGAGUCGGUAUCUUGAAGCUCUUGAAGCUCUUGAAGCCGCAGAGCAUGAGCAGGAGAUUGCGGAUAACGAGGUCAAGUCCGAAACUGUCACUCCCGAAAGCACAAACGUGGUCACCCCAGAAAAAUCUGAUGGUGUCAUCCCGGAAGAAUCGAAUGGAACGAAGGCCUUCAUGCCUCUGCUCAUGAAAAUGUUCCUCUUGUUCAUGGCUCCGUUUUUGCUGUUGCAGCCUGUGGCCUUCUCGAUUGGUCUUUAUGAUGGUGUCUUGCGUGACGGUCUGGGUCAGGAGGUUCGGGAUAUCUUCUGUGAGAACUCGAAGCUCUGUCUUCUGAAGAGCCCGUGGGAAAUGAUGGGGUUGAGUCACCCAAAGCUGAUUCCUCCUGUUCCUGUGGCUCCAAAGGUGACUGGGGUCUUUGUUUCCAUGGAGGAUGUUGAGCCUGUUCCGAGUUCUGUACCAGAAAAGAUUGAUCGGUUGCCACCGGAAACUGUUCGUCCCCCCUGGACUCCGGUCACAUGCAUUGAUCAUAUUGACUAUUGGCUUGGGUGGAAGGGACCUCGUCAUCCUGAGCUGUAUGGAGACGCUGGAGUCGAAUGUGGAUUGCGCGUCAAGCAGAUACUUGGAUACAUUUUGCUUUGGUAG